CAUGCGUUUUGUGACAAAUCUCAUCUGAUUCAACUUUCAUUGCAAGCAUAAGAUCUGCAUUGGUUGGUGUUUGACAAAUCAAAGGAGGUUGUGUUGUUACUCCAGGUCUCCAGACCAACCAACGCCACGUACAGGUACAUUAGAGAGGCAUACUAGCUGAGAGUCCACCUCCUCCACUCCAAUCCUCCACUCAUCCUAAGUUUGCUAAUUUGCCUCUCCUCACUUCACUAGUUCACUUCACCUCACUUGCGCCAUCGCCCCCGCCGUCACGACACCACCCAGCCGCAACAGUAGAUUACCUCGAUCUCUCAGAGGGCCAGCAAGGCGGAGGAGGAGAGCCAUGUCCAGCCCCACGCACGCCCGCAAGGCCAUCCACCUGGCCUCCCUGCGAGCCAGGCUCGCGCAGCAGGGCAAGGCCGGCGUGGCGCUGCGCCUGCUCCUCGCCGCCGCGCUCGCCGGCUUCCUCCUCGUCUUCGCCGCGCGCACCCUGGUCACGUCGCCUGUCCCGGCAUCGCCCUCGUACUCAUACUCGUCGGAGCCGCAGCCGCAUCCGCUGCCGCUGCCCGUGGCGGAGGCGCUGGUGCACUACGCCACGUCCAACGCGACGCCGCAGCAGACGGCGGAGGAGAUCGGGGUGGCGCUGCGCGUGCUGCAGCGGCGCGCGCCCUGCAACUUCCUGGUGUUCGGUCUGGGCCUCGACAGCCCCAUGUGGGCGGCGCUGAACCACGGGGGGCGGACCGUGUUCCUGGAGGAGGACGCGGCGUGGAUCGGCAGCGUGCGGGGCAGGCACCCGGCGCUGGAGUCCCACCACGUGGCCUACGACACGGCGCUGGCCGACGCCGACGCGCUGCUAGGGCUCCGCGCCCACCCGGCCUGCGUCGCGCAGCCCGACCUCGCGGCGGCCGCCGCCGCGUCCUGCCGCCUCGCGCUCCGGGGCCUCCCGCCCGUCUUCGCCGGCCUCGACUGGGACCUCGUCAUGGUGGACGCGCCCACGGGGUGGACGCCCCGGGCGCCCGGCCGCAUGGGCGCCAUCUACACCGCCGGCAUGGCGGCGCGCGCGCGCAGGCCAGGGGCCGGCCCCACCCACGUCUUCGUCCACGACGUCGACCGCCCCGUCGAGGACGCCUUCUCCAGGGCGUUCCUGUGCGAGGGCUACCUCGCCGAACAGGUCGGACGGAUCAGGCACUUCGUCAUCCCGUCACACCGCGACAAGGACGGCACGCCAUUCUGCCCUUGACAAGAGUUUGUUCUGCUUUGGUUUGGAUCCCACGGUGCCAAUUGCCAAACUACUACAGUACUAUUAUUGCUGCAUAGAUGUUGCUUUGCAGUUUUUCAUUCUACACUGAUGAGUGCCUGAGAGUUGGGUAGACGACGAUUACAAUGUAAAAUUCAGAGCUUGCAUUGUCUGUUAGGCCUUGUUCGUUUACAUCGGAUUGCACCCGGAAUCAUUCCGGCUAAGGCCUUUUCGUUUGUGUC